AUGGCCGAAUUCAUGCAUGUCGAGCGUCUCCUAGAAUCUCUCUCCAUUGAGGAAAAGAUCUCUUUGCUAGCCGGCGCCACAUUUUCGAACACGGCAUCUAUUGAGACGAAGGGAGUGCCGUCAAUCAAGACCGCCGAUGGACCUAAUGGCGUUCGCGCAGCCGCCGUCGACAGGGACAUCAAAUCGGCCUGUUUCCCUGCAGCAUGCAGUGUGGCUGCCACCUUUGACACCGAAAAUGCAUACAAUAUAGGCAUAUUAUUGGCCAAAGAAGCUCGUCAGAAAGGAGUGCAUUGCCUGCUUGGUCCUACAGUCUGUAUUCAUCGACAUCCGCUAGGAGGUCGAAAUUUCGAGAGUUUCAGCGAGGACCCGUUCCUUACUGGAAAGCUUUCGGCGCAAGUCAUUCGUGGACUGCAAGACAAUGGAGUCGCUGCAACUAUUAAACAUUUCGUUGCCAACGAGCAGGAAACCGCCCGUAUGACUGUCGAUGAGACCAUUUCUGAGAGAGCCCUUCGAGAAAUCUACCUUCGUCCAUUUGAGAUCGCCAUUCGCGAAGCUAGUCCUUGGGCCAUCAUGACUGCUUAUAAUUCUGUGAAUGGCAAGCAUUGCGAUGCAAAUGCCUGGCUUCUACAAGAUAUAUUACGAGGCGAAUGGAAAUGGAACGGUCUGGUGAUGAGUGACUGGGGUGGCACGAAUUCAAUUGUAGAUUCUCUGAAUGCUGGGCUGGAUUUAGAGAUGCCAGGGCCACCACGAAAGCGAUUAGAAGCUGCAGUGCUUGAAGCUUUGUCCCGAGGAGAAAUCACAGAGUCCAUAAUCAAUGAGCGAGCUCGUGCGGUCAUUCACUUUGCCACUAAGCUCAAAGCGUUGGCCGACAGACACACAAAUACUGUUUCUGUAAAUCAAUCAGAGGACCGGGCAUUUAUUCGCAAGGCAGGAGCACGAGGCAUGGUGUUGUUGAAGAAUGAAAAAGACCUCCUACCAUUAUCGAAAGAGAAGAUUGUGGGCAAAAGAAUUGCUUUGAUUGGUUUGGCGAAGGAUGCCAUCGCACACGGCGGCGGCAGCGCUAGUGUGAAUACCUAUUACAGAGUCACGCCCUGGGAAGGAAUGAGGAAUGCUCUUGGAGAUCAGGUUGAGUUGCUUUACUCCAAAGGAUUCCACCGAGAGCGUCUUCUACCACCGAUCGAUGGUCGUGCUUCGGCUUGUGGUACUGUGAUUGGCAUGGACGGCAAGCCAGGAUUCAGUCGAUUGCUUUACGCCUUCAACCGAGAAAGUGGACGGUCUGUAGGUGAGGAGCCCCUGUCUAUUCUGCACGGCUUCUCUCAGUCAGCAUACUCGCCUUUAGGCUCUCAAGAGUCACUUUGGAAGGCCUUGGAGAUUGUCGGUGAGUUCACGCCCGCUGAGACAGGCAGCCAUUAUUUUGCGUGCUCGGGACUAGGUCCCACCCAGGUAUUUGUGGAUGAUGUGGUUAUAUUUGAUCAGAGGGUAAAUUGUGCUGAUCCAAUGGGCGCAUUAUUCCUGGCAGCUCCAGAAGAGGAGAUUCGGCAUCAAUUCAUCGCUGGCCGGUCGUAUCGUCUGCGCAUCAGAACGGAGCCACCUGUUGGGCUCGGCCUCGAUAUUCUUGAGGGCCGCAGUGGUGUGCGCAUGGGCAUGUCCCUUGAAUCGAUUCAUGACCAGGACCUCGAGGCUGAGGCGGCCGAUGUUGCCUCCCAGGCCGAUGUUGCCAUUGUUUUCACUGGCCAUGAUCCGCAAUGGGAAUCAGAGGGUCGCGACCAGGACUCGUUUCAUCUCCCAAGGCGUGGUACCCAGGAUGCAGUCAUCACGGCUGUUGCAGCAGCAAAUCCAAACACGGUGGUCGUCAACUCGACCGGUGUGCCAAUUGCCAUGCCAUGGCUUGAAAACGUUCGGGCAGUGGUGCAAGCCUGGUUUCCGGGGCAGGAAUGUGGAAACUCGAUCGCAGACGUGCUGACUGGCGUGGUGAAUCCAGAAGGCCGGCUUCCCGUGAGCUUCCCUCGGCGUCUUGAGGAUUCACCUGCCUAUGGAAACUUCCCUGGCGAAUAUAUCCUAGAUCAGCUGAAGGUUACAUAUGCAGAAGGAGUUUUUGUAGGCUACAGACAUUAUGACCGUGUCCCUGGGGACCAACUCAACUUUGCGUUUGGCCACGGCCUCUCUUAUACAACAUUUUCGCAUGACAAGUUUUCUGUGGCCAUCACAGAAGGAAACAGCCAUAUAUUGGUCGCGGCUCUCCGCAUUACAAAUACUGGCUUGUUUUCUGGGGCUACUACCAUUCAGAUAUAUGUUGGAAGGCUAUCUUCAGCUGCUCAGCACCCUCACAAGACACUUGUGGCCUUCCAAAAAGUUCUUCUGCACCAUGGCGAGACUCGAGACAUCCGGCUUAGCAUCUCCACUCGCGAUUUUGCUUAUUUUGACGAGGAUUCGCCGCAAUGGGUUGUUGAUGCCGGGCAAUAUAUCUUCUACCUCGGCAAUUCAGUCUCGGAGAUUCUACAAACAGCUACUUUGGAAUUCCCACAACUGAGCUACAAACUUUAA